CCGGGAAUUGGGGGGAUAGGGCUUCUUGUGUUGCAGAAGACUAGUCUGUCUGUCUGUCUGUUUACUAAUUAGUAACUAGCUGCUUUGCUCCCUGACGGACACGGUGUAUGCCAAUCAAGCAACUCUUUUGGCGAUAAAGUUGAAUAAAAGCGCGCAAGCAGUGUGUUUCCACUCGCAACACACAAUUCCGUACGUGUAACCCCCCCCAAAAAUCUAUAGGUAUCAUUUCUCUGCCAGCUGAAGAAUCUAAACAAACACACGGCCUCUAUCUCUCUAUUGUCCUCCAACAUUUCUCUCCCUGUCAACGGCAAUGGCGAGACCAACUGCAGACUCAAUCGAUACUUUCAUGAGAAUCACCGGCGCGUCCGAGUCACACGCUGUGCGAAAACUGGAGGAAUAUGGAGGCAAUCUUGAUGAGGCUAUAAAUGCACAUUUUGGUGAAGUGGAAAGAAACCUCACGAAUCCAUUAUCCACUGCUUCUCCUCAUAAUGACUUUGUGAAUACAAGAAAUCAAACUCAAGAUGGUUCACGCGGAAUCUUACCCCUUCUCUCUGCUGCUAGAAGCUUUAAGCCUUCAUUGCUACUUGAUCCCAGUUACAGGAGAAAUCUCUUGAACCAAAUUGGUUCUUCUGUUUUCACCAGUCGUGAGCCACUGUAUACACAGACAGGAAGGUUCAAUAAUGGUUAUCAGCAGCCGUAUCAUUCAGGACCAAUGCCUGCCUUGGAGCAUGCUGAUGGAACUUCAUUAUCUCAUGAUCAUCAAUUUCAUGGAAAUGUCUCAAGAGUUCAUGAAACAAAUCUGCACGGUAAUGAUAUAGAAGAACAAAUGAUUCAAUUUGCCAUUGAGGCUUCAAAGCAGGAGGAAUUAUCUGGUCAUCAGCAAAGGCAUUCCCAUCUGGCAGAUGAUGAGCUGUAUCAUGCAAUAUCAUUAUCCCUGAAGACAGCCAAGCAAGAAGAAGCAAUACGUGAGCUAACAUUAGAGGACCAAAAACAAUUGGUAGUUCGCAAUUCAACUGGAAGAGCUGAGAAAACUAAUGAUAGCAGAUGGCAGCCAGGAAGCUCAUCAUUUCAAGGGGGAGCAGAGGAUUUCCACGAACAGUCAUUGUGGGGUGGCAUUUCUUCCAAAGAGCUUGACGAAGCAAUUCUUCUUGAGGCAGCCAUUUUUGCUGAAACUUCUGAAGGGACUUCAUACCAACGUGCCCCUCAACCACCAACUACUCCAGACAAAAUUAAAGGUCCCUACCCACAGAAAGUACACUGUCGCCCAUCUCCCUCCGUUGUGGAACAGCGGUUACUAUGGGAACAGCAGGAUGAUGAAUAUCUUGCAUCUCUUUUGGCUGAUAGAGAAAAGGAAAUGAAUGCCUUAAAGGAACGUGAAACUUCUUAUGUCAAGGAAGGAGAAUCUCCAAACAAGAUGCUUGACGAAAAGGCAGAAUUUGAAAGAUUAUUAGCUGCAAAAGAAGCUUCACUUCCGCAAGAACCAGCAGUCAAUGAUGAGAAUGCAGUAACUCUUCUUGUUCGUAUGCCAGAUGGCAGCCGUUGCAGUCGUAGUUUUCUCAAGUCUGACAAGCUUCAGUUUCUUUUUGACUUCAUCGAUAUUGGUAGAACCGUGAAGCCUGGAACUUACAGGGUGAUGAGGCCAUUUCCUAGACAUCCAUUUUCUGCAGGUGACAGUUCACUGAGUUUGAAAGAACUUGGUCUGACCAAUAAACAGGAAGCUCUGUUCCUGGAGUUGAUAUAGCUUUGUCAAACUGUUGAAUUAUAGAACACCAAUGUAAGAUUACACUUGUUUGUGCGCCUGUCUUUUUGGUUGGAUAGCUGUAAUCUGAUUACGCUUAAUUAAACCGAUGGGUAACAUAACUGAAACUGAUGGGGUUGAUUGAAAAAGAAAAAAAAAAAAACAUAAUCUGUUUGAAUGA